AUGCCAUGUCCAGGCAUGCCGGGGCCCUGGGAAGGAGUGGUGGCUUCUGUGAUGCUGCAGCUGCCCUUCAUCAGGCACAUGUUUGCCUGGAUUGGGGCGCAUCCGGCAGAUGCGGAGACUCUGACUGCGCUGCUGCAGAGGACCAACGUGGGGAUGCAGCCGGAGGGCAUCGCAGGCAUCUUCUGCGGAGCAACACUCGAGCGUGAAGCAGUCUUCCUGUCCCAGCGCAAGGGCUUUGUGCGUGUUGCCAUACAGGCCGGUGCAGACAUCCUGCCAGUGUACCACAUGGGCAACUCCCAGAUGUUCACCUUCUGGGGGCCCAAGAGCCUCAGCCGCUGGCUGCAAGUCUCUGUGGGCGUCUUCUGGGGCAGAUAUGCCCUGCCCCUUCCCCACCGCCAUGACAUCAUCUCCCUUGUUGGAAGGCCAAUUCCUGGGACAGAUGACAGCCUGCUGAUGACGUGUUCUGCUGUAUUGGCGGUGCAGUCAGGCAAGCGGACCAUCCCAGUGCGGACGACGUUGACAAGGCUAGCGCUCGAAUUCCCUCCUCAGCUCCACAAAUCAGACAGGGCGAAAUGGCACAAACUGGCGGAUGAAUUCGAUGGCCCUGUCAGGCUCACAGCAGUCAGCGAGCAGUCAGUGCGACUGCUGAACAGCAUCAAGGGAAAAGAUGAGGCGACAGCCGUGAGCAUUGUAGACAAUUGUAGGAAGGCUGCGUGGGUCAGGAGUGAGGAUUCUGGCAAUUACCCCAUCCAUGAGGCAAUCCAUCAGGGGCUUGUGUUGGUGGUGGGCCGGCUGUCCCUCAUGCCUGGAGUGCUGCAGCAGAGGGACGCCAAGUACAGGGUGCCACUCGCGCUUGCCCAGCAGCUGCGCCGGCAAGACCUUAUUGAGGUCGUCUCCUGGGCUGCAGCGUGA